AUCGUCAUCGUCAUUCUUCAACACGAGCUGCCUGUCAAGGCUUCUCUCUCUCUCUCCCUCUCCCUCUCCAUCUCUCUCUCUCUUGUAGAGUAACGAUGAUAUACAGAGCGACGGUGCUACUAGCACUACUCUGCGCCACCUGUCAAAUCGCCAUAUCGGUUACAGACGGCUUGUUACCAAAUGGGAAUUUCGAGUACGGUCCAAAGGCAUCACAAAUGAAGGGCACAGUUGUGACGAGCAAAACCGCAAUACCAUUUUGGGAAAUAGCAGGGUUCGUGGAGUACAUAAAAUCUGGACACACCCAAGGUGACAUGUUGCUGGUGGUGCCGGAAGGAGCCUUUGCUGUCAGAUUAGGAAACAAGGCUUUGAUUAAACAGAAAGUAAAGGUGAUUAAGGGGGUGUUUUAUUCAAUUACAUUCAGUGCAGCUCGUACAUGUGCACAAUCCCAGCGGUUGAAUGUGUCUGUAUCACCUAAUUCGGAGAAGCACGAUUGGGGGAUGCUUCCGAUUCAAACAACGUAUAGUAGCAAUGGUUGGGAUUCUUAUUCAUGGGCUUUUCAAGCCGAUGCAGAUGAAGUUGAGAUUUCUCUUCAUAAUCCAGAUUUAGAGGAGGAUCCGGCUUGCGGUCCGCUUAUUGACUCUGUUGCUUUGAAGCUCUUAACUCCCCCUAAGCGUACCAGAGUCAAUAUGUUAAAGAAUGGUAAUUUUGAAGAGGGGCCAUACGUGUUUCCAAACGCAUCAUGGGGAGUCCUAGUUCCACCUCAAAUUGAAGAUGAUCACAGCCCCUUACCCGGUUGGACAAUCGAAUCUCUCAAAGCCGUCAAGUACAUCGACAGCAAACAUUUCUCGGUGCCAGAAGGAAAACGAGCGGUGGAGCUAGUUGCCGGAAGUGAGAGCGCCAUUGCCCAAGUGGUCAAAACCAUCAAAGACAAAAUGUAUGCUUUAACAUUUGCAGUGGGUGAUGCUAAUAACACAUGUGAAGGUUCCAUGAUCGUGGAAGCAUUUGCUGGAAAAGGCUCCCUUAAGGUGCCUUACGAGUCAAAGGGAACAGGAGGAUUCAAGCGUGCUAGACUACUGUUCAAGGCUGUGUCUGAGCGUACAACUGUGGUGUUACAAAGCACGUUUUACACCAUGGCCGGUGACAAUUCUGGGUCCCUUUGUGGUCCUGUUGUAGAUGAUGUAAGACUCGUUAGCAUUCGUAAAAAAUCACGUAUUAUAUGAUUGUAUACCAUGUGGGCUUGCUUUCUUCCAAUGUUUUAGCUUUUCUAUUUAAAUUUUACACAUUUUGAGCAGCAUUGCAAUACGAGCAAGAGAAUUAUUUUUACUACUUA